CACUCCAGAAGAAAAGUCUCUGCAACUCUCGAUAAAGUAGGUGGCGCGAAAACAGCGUCCCUCGUCUCAACUGAAAAACCGUUUCCUUUCCUUCCCUCAUUCUCAAUUCGAAACCUUCUUUACUCUUUUUUUUGUUAAUAUUAAUAUAUUACCUUUUCUCCCUCCCUCUCUCCAUAAAACCCGGUCACUAAACUUCCCUCGCCGUGAUAUUCUCCCUACGAUCACCGUUGACAGUCUCUCCUCUUUGGAUCCGCCGUCCCUUGAAGCCGCCACCGUCUUCUGCUGUUCAAUUCCCGAUCCUUCUCCAUGGCAUUGAAGCGAUAUUAACGGAACUAAUCAUAAUUGAUUAGUUUCCAUCAUUGAAGAACAGUUUUAUUAAUGCCAGUGAUUCCAGAUUUAUUGCAUGGAAAAGGAUCUUCUUUUUUAACAACUUGUGUGAUUCCUUUCAAUGUGGUAUACUAGAAAAUGAAAGCUGUCAAAUUUGGUUGUUUAAUUAUUUGAAAGAAUCCAUCAAUGUGGUCUAAUUUGGACAGUGUUUGAUGGAUGUAUGUGAAUUGGAGAAGCACACAGCAGUACUGGAUACCCCAAGACCCCCCCUGGUUCCAGCUGAAAGAAACAGCAAUGCAACAGCGAAAGCAGCAACCACCACCCGCCGUCCUCGGACGAGGGAAGUUGUUUCUAGGUACAAAUCACCCUCUUCAUCAACACCUUCUGUUGCUAGGCGUUUCCCAUCACCGAGCCUCAGUAGAACAUUGGCUGCACCUUCCCCGGUGGUGCCUAAAAGAUCUCAAUCGGCGGAGAGGAGGCGCCCUUCAACCCCACCUUCACCCCCAAGGCCUUCCACACCGGUUCAAGAUUCAUCAGUUGAUGCGCAGUUGCCAUCUAGAAGGCUAAGUACCGGUGGUCGGUUACAAGAGAGUUUAUGGCCCUCUACAAUGAGAAGUCUCAGUGUUUCAUUUCAAUCGGAUAGCAUUUCUAUUCCUAUCAGUAAGAAGGAAAAACCAGUUAAUAAUGUAUCCUCCGAUCGCACAUUGAGGCCUUCUUCAAAUGUAGUCCAUAAGCAGGCUGAAACGCCAACUGGGUCACGAAAGCCUACACCAGAGAGAAAGAGGAGUCCUCUUAAAGGGAAGAAUUCGCAGGAUCAAUCAGAAAACGCCAAACCAGUAGAUGGUUUACAUUCUAGAUUGAUUGAUCAGCAUCGAUGGCCAAGUAGGAUAGGUGGGAAGGUAUGUUCUAAUUCAUCACUGAAUAGAAGUGUGGAUCUCACCGAUAAGAAUGUGAAAGCUUUGUCAACUCCAGUUGGAAUUGGAUUAUCUUCACUCAGGAGAGCGCCCAUAAUUGAUAAUUCAAUAAAACCUUUACAAAAAUCAGCUAGUGAUACCUCGAGGUUAUCACUGGACGAAAUUGGCAGAGUAGUGUCUGAGGUGAAUUCGUUGGAUGAUAAAUUGCAGCGGUUAUCGGGUGCUCAGAAGCUUGUUGCAUCAAGUUUAUCGGACAGAAUAUCAUUAGUAACUCCUGUUGUUAGAUCUCAGUCCUUGCCUACUCCUGGAUCGCGUCCUGCAUCACCAAGUAGGUCUUCCAUCAAUAGAGGUGUAAGUCCAUCUCGGACAAGACCAUCUACUCCUUCUAGAGGGGUUAGCCCAUCUCGGAUAAGGCCAUCUAGUGUCUCCGUUCAGCCCAAUAAUUCUACUUCUGUGCUUAGUUUUAUAGCGGAUUUUAAGAAGGGGAAAAAGGGUGCAAGCUAUAUUGAAGAUGCUCAUCAGAUACGACUGCUAUACAAUAGAUAUUUGCAAUGGCGAUUUGCUAAUGCUCGGGCAGAGGCUGUUCUUUACAUUCAGAAAGUGACUGCAGAGAGAACUUUAUACAACGUUUGGGAUGCCACUUUAGCUUUGUGGGAUUUGGUAAUCAGGAAAAGGAUCAAUCUCCAACAGCUGAAGUUGGAGCUCAAACUCAAUGCAGUAUUGAUUGAUCAAAUCACCUACCUCGAUGAUUGGGCUUUACUUGAAAGAGACCAUAUUAAUUCUUUAUCUGAGGCUGUGGAAGAUCUGGAGGCAAGCACUCUUCGUCUUCCAGUGACCAGUGGAGCAAAGGCAGAUAUAGAAUCUUUGAAGGUUGCUAUUUGCUCAGCUGUUGAUGUGAUGCGUGCUAUGGGAUCAUCCAUAUGCUCUUUACUUCCAAGAGUGGAGGGGAUGAAUGCUUUGGUUUCUGAGCUUGCCACUGCUGCAGCACAAGAGAAAGCUAAGCUUGAUCAAUGUGAAGCUCUGUUGGCAUCAACAGCAGCUAUGCAGGUAGAGGAGUACAGCAUUAGGACUCAUCAUAUACAAAUGAAAGAAGUUCUGGAGAAGCAACAACCACUAUUCAUGGCAAUGAAAACACCCUCAUGGCUCUGAGCAAUUACUAAGCUAACUUUUCUCACUCAACAGAGAUAAAAUUACGGGGUCUUCUCUGGUCAAAUGUAAAUUGGUUUUUUCUUUUUAACCUUAACUUCGGUGGGAAAGUUCAUCUUUAUUUUAUUCUUUUUCUUCAUUUUUUUUUCUUGUAAUUUUUUAUAUCAAGGGAAUGAAAAGAAAAUGAAAGGGAAGGGAAGCGAAGGGUUGGAAAUUCAAUGUAGAAGCAGAUCUCAGAAAAGUAAAAAAGAAAUUAAAAGUUACAUAUUCUAUGUUUCCCUGUGAAACAGGCAAA